AUGGCACUGCCUACCAUCUGGCUAAUGCUUCCUCACAUGAAGAAACAAAACUCUCCCCACCCCUCAGCUGUCUUCCGUGAUCACAACCUUGCUUGCACAAGCAUAGUUUCACAGCUAGAAGACGCCAUCUCUCUUACCUUUUCUCUCAUUUUGGACGUAUAUCGACAUUCCGACUGCCCCCUGUUUUGUUCCCCCAGUCUCUCUUUUAGCACCUUUUGUACUGCACACAAGCAACUUCCUCGUGCAGCAGUCUUAAAUCAAGAGAAAAGGUUGGCCUUCGCCUGUCUUUCAUUUCAUUCCCCUCGGGAAGAUUCUCAAGGGUAUGCUAUCUUUAUUCUUUCUAGCAACUUCUCUCUUCAGUUUCCUCCAAAACCGAUAACUAUGGGGAUAUCUAGGCAAUACAAUAAAAUAGGCAUGGACAAGCAAAACUCAGAGUUGUAUCUGCAAAACUGCCACAUAAUUCGAGAGAACGAGAAGUUAAGGAAGAAAGCUCAACGGCUCAACCAAGAGAACCAGGCACUGUUAUCACAGUUGAAGCAGAAACUCUCAGAAACAAACUCCACCCAGAAACCUGAAGUUGAGUUCAACCUUAGCUCCAGUUCCACCAGUUCAAUGAAUUGUAGCAAACCCCGGCCACGAGAUUACAACUAA